UGAUGUCAGAGUAUAAAACGAGGCAUCAGCUCGGAUCUCCAUUCAGCCACAAGGGGCCCGAGGAGCCACGACUCUGGAAAACAUCUGGCCUUCAUGCGGAUCGACUGCGACUUCCUCCCAGAUGUUAAAACAUCCGGAUCGUCAUUUAUUCUCCAACAUUUUCUGUCUCUUUCAGCGCGAUCGCAGUUAGAAAUUUACUUUGUGGAUUAAAAAUAAUAAUAAUAAUAAUAAAUUAAUUAAUUAAUUAAUAAUGGAAAAGAUAUAUGGAAUUCUGGUUCUACAUUUUUCCAGCCGAACACGAAUAAAAAAGAAACAAUGAAGACGAGUUUCUAUGUUUCUCUGACCGGAUGGCAGCAUCAGUGGGUGAAGUAAAAGUGGAAGAAGUGAUGGAGCUUUUGGAAGCGACUCAGCCGGUGAACGCCUCCAAUGACAGCUUCGUUUCUCUCCUACCUGACAGCGCGGAGAGCCUCGCCUAUCAGAUCUCUCUGGCGGCCGUCCUGUCGGUCAUCACGCUCGCCACCACGCUCUCCAACGCCUUCGUCAUCGCAACCAUUUCCCAAUCGAAGAAGCUGCAAACUCCGGCGAACUUUCUGAUCGCGUCCCUGGCGGUCACCGACCUCCUGGUGUCCAUCCUGGUGAUGCCCAUCUGCGUCCUGUACACGGUCAUCCACACCUGGACGCUCGGGCAGAUCGUCUGCGACAUCUGGCUCUCCUCCGACAUAACCUGCUGCACCGCGUCCAUCCUGCAUCUGUGCGUAAUUGCGCUGGAUCGGUACUGGGCCAUCACGGAUGCGGUGGAGUACUCCAAAAAGCGCACGCCGGGACGCGCGGCCGGGAUGGUGGCCACCGCCUGGGUCAUCGCCAUCUCCAUCUCCCUGCCGCCUCUCUUCUGGAGGCAGGUGAAGGCGGAGGAGCUGACCAGCUGCAGCGUCAACACGGACCACAUCUUUUACACCAUCUACUCCACCUUCGGGGCGUUUUACAUCCCCACCCUGCUGCUCAUCGUGCUGUACUGGAGGAUUUACUUGGAGGCCCGGAAGCGCAUUCUCAGACAGUCUCCAAAAAAGGUCGGGAAGAGACUGACCUCUGCGCACCUGGUCACUAACUCUCCCGGAUCCGUGGCGUCCACGACUUCGCUGCAGUACGCGAGGCACGACACUCCGUCCAGCGACACCGGGUCGUCGACCAGCGAGAACCAGGUGAAAGUCACGGUGUCCGACGCGCUUUUGGAGAAAAAGCGCAUCUCCGCGGCCAGGGAAAGAAAAGCGACCAAGACUCUGGGGAUCAUCCUCGGUGCGUACAUCGUCUGCUGGCUUCCGUUUUUCAUUUACACGCUGCUGGUGGCCACAUGUGAGACAUGUUUGAACCCCGAGCUGUUCGACUUCUUCACCUGGCUGGGAUACCUGAACUCUCUGAUUAACCCCAUCAUUUACACCAUGUCCAACGAGGAUUUCAAGAAGGCUUUCCAAAAACUAGUGCGCUUCAGAUGCUGCAGGUCCUGAACUGAUCCUCCAAAUUAAAGUUUGUUUUGUAUAUGUAUAAAAAGCAAAAAAAAAAAAAAAAAUCUUGCCAUUUCGUCCUUAACUGUUUCCAUUUCA